AUGUCUACCUGUACGUUCUUGUCCCGUCGCUUGAGCCACUUGAGGAACGAAGAACGCGCCUACGAAGAACGCCAACGUCUACGUAACCCUGCUCAGUCAACCGAAGAGGAGCGUCAGCGAUUACGACAACGAUUACUUCGGCAUGCGGUGGAUCGCAUAGUGGCGUCCGGUGCUGCGGAAAAGGGCAUCCCACUAGUAUCAGAGGCGCAAGGAGCGGAAGUGUUGGCAGACCGCCCACUGCGCAGUCAACGAACACGUUCACCUAAUGGUCCUGGACGUCCAAUGGUGCGGCUUGACAACGGCACAGCAGUAACAGUAACGGAAUUUGUUGCUGGAGUGCGGGCAAAUGGGCCGCCACCAGACGCAUUGCCUGGGCCCACGAUACUGCAGAUGUUGCAUGAUAUUCAGCAACAGGAACGAGAGUGGCAAAGUGAUGUAGGGGAGGCGCAACAUACUGUGGCCCCUGAUGUACUGUGGGAGGAGCUUCAUCAGCUGGAUGAGGAAGACGAAAGAGAAGCAGAAGAGAAGCGAAGGGCGGAGAGAGAGGCACUGCCCGAUGCAGAGGAAGUGUAUGGGAAGGGUCUGCCGUACGUGUUAAAUCCCGCCAAUGCGGAGACUGUCUAUAUUCUCGAUAGCCAGGGAGAGAACCAGAAAGAGGAAGAGAGAGACCAUCAGCGUCACCUGGAGCGGAAGAACACCAUGAAGACACUGGAGUGGAUACUAACUCCACUGCUAAAGCGAAAGAAUAGUGUGGAUUUUGAUAACCCUGGAAGAACGGUGGACUAA